UAAAAAACGUGCUCGUAAUGAUAACAAAAAAUGAUAACAAAUAUACAUAUAUAGUAUACGUAAGUUGUUCACAUGUAUAUUAAAUGUAAGUGUAAGUAUGACUAAAGUAUAGCCGGUAAUUGCACUCUCUCUCGCCUUGUCACCGAGAUUUUUUUCGAAGGCGCGGCAGUGCAAUAAUUUUUCUCUGAAAGCUGAUGACAGUUAAACAAUAAAUAAACAUUUGUAAAAAUAAAAACCUUUUGCUCAAAAUCCUGAGGAUAAUUUAUUGACUAUUUAGUUAGUCCGAGUGCUCAAUAAAAUACUAAGUUUAAGAUGCUGGGUCACCCACCAGCGUGUGUAAUUGAUGUUGGAACCGGGUACACAAAACUGGGCUUUGCUGGUAACAGGGAUCCCCAGCUGACAAUCCCUUCAGCCAUUUCAAUUAAAGAAACUGCCAAAGUUGGAGAUAACUCGGCCAGAAGAGUGACCAAGGGUGUUGAAGAUUUAGAUUUUUAUAUUGGAUAUGAAGCUUUUAAUUCACCUGGUUAUUCGAUUAAGUAUCCAGUAAGACAUGGAUUAGUUGAAGACUGGGACCUAAUGGAGCGUUUCCUCCAGCAAUGUAUCUUCAAAUACCUCCGAGCAGAGCCAGAAGACCAUUAUUUCCUCCUAACAGAGCCUCCAUUAAAUACUCCGGAGAAUCGGGAGUACAUGGCCGAAAUAAUGUUCGAGUCUUUCAACGUUCCUGGUCUGUACAUCGCGGUGCAAGCAGUGCUGGCAUUAGCAGCUUCUUGGACAGCGAAAUCCGUGGAAGACCGGUCGCUAACAGGAAUAGUAGUCGACAGCGGAGACGGAGUGACUCACGUGAUUCCCGUAGCCUCUGGGUUCGUAAUCGGGAGCUGUAUCAAACACAUUCCGAUCGCCGGACGUGACAUCACGUACUUCAUCCAGAGUCUGCUGAGAGAGCGAGAAGUUGGUAUUCCGCCAGAACAGUCUCUGGAGACUGCCAAGGCUAUCAAGGAGAAGUACUGCUAUAUAUGUCCGGAUAUCGCCAAGGAGUUUGCUAAGUAUGACAGCGACCCAACUAAAUUCAAACAGCACACUGGAGUCAAUAGUAUCACGCAGCAGUCCUUCAAUGUUGAUGUUGGGUAUGAAAGAUUCUUGGGCCCGGAGAUAUUCUUUCAUCCAGAGUUCGCUAAUCCUGACUUUACCACGCCGCUAGGAGAGAUAGUCGAUGAUGUCAUCCAGAAUUGUCCAAUUGAUGUCCGCAGACCGUUGUACAAAAAUAUUGUCUUGUCUGGUGGAUCCACGAUGUUCAAAGAUUUUGGAAGAAGAUUACAGAGAGACGUCAAAAAAAUGGUUGACGCUCGAUUGAAGCUUAGUGAAAAAUUGAGUGGUGGUCAUAUUACGCCAACGGCAAUUGAUGUUCGCGUUAUUACGCAUCAUAAGCAACGUUGUGCUGUUUGGUUUGGCGGAGCUCUAUUAGCAAGCGGGCCUGAAUUCUACCAGGUUUGUCAUACGAAAAAAGAUUACCAAGAAUAUGGACCAGGAAUUUGUCGCUACAAUCCAGUGUUCCGCAGUGUUGUUUAAUAUAUAUCAAAUAUGUAAUUAUUACUAAUAAAUAUUAUUAAUAAAAUCUA